AUGAGCUCCCCAGAAGGGCCAGGCUUCCCGCUGGGGCUGCUCUCCGGCGGCGCCUCCCCCAGCUGUGAUGAGGGCUUCUUCCCCUUCGUGCUGGAGCGGCGAGACUCCUUCCUGGGAGGGGGCCCGGGGCCCCAGGAGCCCGAGGACCUGGCCCUGCAGCUGCAGCAGAAGGAGAAAGACCUGCUGCUGGCUGCGGAGCUCGGCAAGAUGCUUCUGGAGCGCAACGAGGAGCUGCAGCGGCAGCUGGAGACGCUCAGCGCCCAGCACGCGGAGCGAGAGGAACGGCUGCAGCAGGAGAACCACGAGCUCCGCCGGGGCCUGGCAGCACGGGGCGCGGAGUGGGAGGCCAGGGCCGUGGAGCUGGAGGGGGACGUGGAGGCCCUGCGGGCCCAGCUGGGCGAGCAGCGCUCAGAGCAGCAGGACAGCGGGCGCGAACGGGCCCAGGCCCUCGGCGAACUCAGCGAGCAGAACCUGCGGCUCAGCCAGCAAUUGGCCCAGGCCUCCCAGACUGAGCAGGAGCUUCAGAAGGAGCUGGAUGGCCUCCGGGGGCAGUGCCAGACCCAGACCCUGGCCAGGGCAGAGCUGAGGUCACGGCUGGAAAGUCUGCAGGGGGAGAACCAGAUGCUGCAGAGCCGCCGGCAGGACCUGGAGGCCCAGAUCCGAGGCCUGCGCGAGGAGGCGGAGAAGGGCCAGGACCGGCUGCGGGCCACGCACGAGGAGCUGCUGCUGCUGCGGCGAGAGAGGCGGGAGCACAGCUUGGAGCUGGAAUGCGCGCGCUCCGAGGCCCGGGAGGCGCUGAGUGCCCUGCGGAGGCUGCAGCGGCAAGUUUCGGAGCUGGAGGAGGAGUCUCGCCUGCAGAGCGCUGACACCUCGGGGGCGUCGCUGCAGUCGGAGCUUGCCCACAGCCUGGACAGCGACCGGAUCCAGAAUGCAGACGGACACAGAGACGCCCCGACCACUCCGUCCCCGGAGACCCAGGAGGCAUCCGGUCAGCAGCCUUCACCCCAGGAGGAGAGCUCGGAGCCUCCCGUAAAGAGGGCGACCCUGAGCCCAGGAGAGGUUCUGGAGGAGAAGGAGAUGGAAGUGGCCCGGCUGCAGGAUGAGAUGGAGCUUCAGCGGAUGGAGCUCCAGUCCUUGCGGGAGGAGCUGCAGAGGCAGAAGGAGCUGCGGGAACAGGAGGACCCCGAGGAGGCCCUAAGCUGCGCCCUCUCGGACAGGGAAAAGGCCGUGAACAAGACCCUGGAGCUGUCCCUGGAGCUGAGCCGCGUCUCUCUGGAGCGGGACUCCCUCUCCCGGGAGCUGCUCCGCACCAUCCGCCAGAAGGUGGCGCUCACGCAAGAGCUGGAGGCCUGGCAGGACGACAUGCAAGUGGUGAUUGGGCAGCAGCUGCGCUCCCAGCGCCAGAAGGAGCUGAGCGCGGCCAGAUCCGCUCCGAGUCGGCCAGCACCCCGCUUCUCGCUGCGCGGGGGCCCUGGGCAGGCCGGCGGCUUCUUCAGCAGCCUCUUCCGAAGGACCUGA